AUGAAAACAAGGAGAAGGUAUUAUGGUAAAGACAGAAUCAGUGGUUUACCUGAUUGUCUUUUACUUCAUAUUUUGUCUAAUUUGAAGAUGAGUCAAGCUGUUGAAAUAUCCAUCCUCUCCACUAGAUGGAAGGAUCUCUGGAAACAUAUGACCGAUAUUUUUUUGCAUUUUAGAAACUUCGAAUCUAUCAAAAGUUUUGCUAGUUUCGUUUCUCAAUUUUUCUCUUUUCGCAAUGACGAAACCUCUCUGCAAGCUCUCACCUUUGAGUGCCGCAAUCAUUUUGACCCUGAGCAACUUAAAAGGAUCCUAAAAUAUUUAUUUUCACACAAAAUCCAACGGUUAGAUAUGACUGUAGUUUGUAGUCUUGAACAGUUUCCACUUUGCACCAACUUUUCAUAUGGUACUUUAACCUCUCUUAAACUUUUUGCAUGCGAAGAAUGGAAACGGUGGCUUGGACCACCAGCCGUAUUUCCAAAUUCUCUUAAACUUCCUGCAUUAACCUACUUGUUUUUACGAAACUUCACCCUUCGCAGCACUACUGGAGAUGGCAAUGCUGAGCCCUUUUCGGUAUUUCAAAGUUUGAAUACUUUGAUCAUUCGAAAUUGUCAACUUUAUAAAGAUAAAGACAACCUCUUCAUAUCAAGUCUCUCCCUUGUUAAUUUAACAAUAUCAUUUUAUAUGCGUUACCGCUCUUACUACAACUUGAAGUUAUCUACCCCAAAUCUUUCUAGCUUUGAUAUUAGUGGUAGUCCUUUUCAGAAUCUAUCUGCCCACAACACUUUAUCUUCUAUUAAACAUGUACGGAUAGAUUUACUACUAUGCCCCACUACACUCCCAAAGUUUUCUUCAAUUCUAUUCGAUUGGCUUGCUCAGCUUGCCCUUGUCGAAUCAUUGACAAUCUCUUCAACGACUCUCCAGAUUCUCAACUUUAUCCCUGAUUCAUUCAAGAUUCAUUUCCCUUAUUUACAUAACUUGAAGUUACUCAAAAUUGAAACACAACGAGAAUUACCGCAACCCGAUGGAACAGAAGACUUUUUUCUUCAAAACUCACCGUCAGCAAAGAAAGUCAUUUUCCUCCGGCGUACCAUGAAGGGUUUUAUCUAUGAAUAA